AUGGCUGACAAGCAGAACACGGUGUUUGCAGCUGAUAACGGCGGCGAGCUGGGUAGUCCUGGCCCUGCCGCUGCUGGUGCUGGAGCUCCUGGUGGGGAGGGAGAGGCGGCUGACGGUGUGGCGGCCGAGGUCAGGAACAACAAGGCCAAGUCGCUUAAGAGCAAGAGCAAGAGCAAGGCCAAGGGCAAGGGCAAGGUCAAGGCCAAGGCCAAGUCGCGCAAGAGCAAGAGCAAGCGCAAGCGCAAGAGCAAGAGCAAGAGCAAGCGCAAGAGCAAGGGCAAGGACGGCGCCCACACAUCCGGCAACGACAACAACCACGACAACGACAACAACCACGAGGCCGUCACCAUUGACGACGACGACAACAAGCCCAAGGACAAGCCUCGCGAGCCCAAGGGCGAGGGUAAGGGCAAGUCUCGCGAGUCGGCUACACUCGGCACAUCACUCGCUGUGCCCGAUCGCCACAGGCGGCACCGGCGGACAAAGCGGAAGGGCAAGCGCAGGGUGCGCAAGAGCAAGGCUGACAAGAUCGACAAGGUAGAGGAAAAGGCGGCAGAAGCGUCGUCGUCGUCAUCAGGGCUGGCAGAUCCUGUUGCGCCGCCUCCGAGAGUCCGGCCACUUCCAGAACCAACGCCGGCUGAGCUGGUGCUGGAGAGCUCGUCAGAAGACAGGCCUGACCCAUACAUCGGAGCUGAUGCCGAGAACGAGUUCAUUGACACUGCUCUUGUCUACCGGUCUCGGGCGGCGAGGCCCAGCCAGCCGCGGCCGGCCUCACCUGUUGUCCAGCCGGCGUCGGUGACGCUCGAGUUUGCAGAAGAGUUUGCCAACGAGGCCGAGGCCGGCGCACUGCUGCCGCAUGUUUUGGAGGUUGAUGCGCUCGCCGAGGCGCUGCAGACAUCAUGCAAGAUCGGUCUCAGCGCCGAGGAUCACGAGGCGCGGCUGGACGAGCUCGGACACCACUGGCGGUCGCCGCCACCGGCCAUGGCACAGUUCCAGUCGCCGCGCGAAUCUAUUGUGGCCACGCUGGUUACUCUCGCUCGUGAGCUCAUCUUCAAGCACGAGUCACGGAUGGCGCUCUGGCUUGCAGUGGUGCUCACCUUUGCCAAGGCCAUUCGCGACUCGGACGUGACGGCCGGCGCCGCAUGCAUGCUCCUCCUUCUCGCCGCCUUUGUGCAGCUUGUCAUGGCGCUGGAGUUUCAGGACACUUGGGCAAGGCUCCGCUGGGAGACGGCGCGGGCGUGGUUUGGCUGGUCGUACGGCUACACCCACACCGUUGCCAUUCGCGCGGGCGGCCGCGCCCACACCCUGGUGCAGGACCUCGUCCCCGGUGACCUCAUCGAAGUCUCAGCGCCGGGCGUUGUUCCGGCCGACAUCCGCAUUGUCACCGACUCGGGCAAGUUGGUGGUUGACUCAAGCGCCCGCAGCGAGCCGAGCCAGCUGUCGCGCCGGCCAGCCGCCGCGCCCAACACCCACCGCGCGUAUGCGCGCGCACCCAACAUGGCCUUUGCCGGCGAAACCAUGGUGACCGGCUACGCACUCGGCCUCGUCGUUGCUGUUGGCGCCGACUCGCUGUACUACGGCGAUCCGUCGCGGGCCUCGUCGCUUGUUCUUGAUCCGCUCGACGACGACGAGAUGGGCGAGACUCGGAUGGCUGCGUCAACCAAGCCUGACCUCGAAGGCACCCAUCUGGUCAGGUCUGGCGGCGUUGCGUUGCUCUCGACCACCUUUUCGGCCUCGCUUGUUCACGCCUUCCGCAUCCCGCUCCGCGCCUUUUCAACACUCACUCUCGCCGAGGCCCAGCUCGGCGGACGGUUCAUGCUUGCCGGCGCUCUGCUUGCAGCAACCUCAUACCUGCUCGCCGGCAUCACCGAAGGCCUAGACCCGCUGACGGUCAUCUCCAUCACUGCAGUCUACCUCUGGCUCGUUCUUCCGGAUCGGAUGCGGGUCCAGCUCCGCGCACUCGAGGCCGAGCGCGUGCUCGCCGGUGAACGCCCGCGCCGGCUGGCCACCGCACUCACCCUUUCGGCGUCAGACAAGCUUGUGGAGACGACGCAGAUUGUCAUUUCGCCGGCCCAGCUGAUUGACGGCGUACCGCACGCCGUUAGCACCAUCCUCUUCCCCACCGACGACGAGCCGCUCGACCGCACAACCAUGACCGAACGGUCGUGGCAGGCGAGCCUCCGCCGGCGCAAGUACGACGGCUUGCUGCGGGCGGUGGCGCUGACUACCACCAAGGCCUUUGUCGAUACGCUCUACGGUGACGAGGACACUAUCCGUGCCAACGAGCCAGUUUCGCGCGCGUUGCUUGCGCUCGCCCACGACGCGCUGGACGUCCGGGGAUGCAAGGCGCAGCACCCGUGCAUGGGCCGGAUUGUCUUUGGGCGCGCGCCCAAGGCGGCGACGGCGUCCGGCCUGGUCCCUGUUGCGACUGCUGCUGCGCACUCGCUCGCCUCCUCGUUUGUGGUCUCGAUCCAUCCGCUCGCCGAAGACGCGCACAUUGUGGUCGGUGUUGCGCCAUUGCGGAUGCUGCUCACCGCCAACGUGGCCACCACAUGCCUGGUGGCGGCAGGCGGACCCAAGGCUGCCGAGUACGUUGAGACUCUGACGCCACUAGGCCUCUCGGCCCAGCUCAAGCUGAAGACAACAGUCCGGACGAUGGAGGCCGCUGGCCAAGUCGUCAUGGCUUACGUCCACAAGCGGCUCUUGCUCCCAGAGAAUGUGUCUGGCCGCGAGUACGCUCGCCAGCUCGUCAGCUCGCCAUCUGCCUUUCUGGACGAAUGGACUGCCGACUUUACACUCGUUGGCCUCGUCGGCGUUCCGCUCAAGGCCAACCCAGAAGUUGGGCGGCUGGUGACUCAGCUGCAGACGUCGGGCGUAACGACUCACUUGUUCUCGCCGUACGCUCCACAGACAACCCUCGCGCUGGCGCAGUCAGCCGGCAUUGUCCUCCGCAAGACCUCGCUGGACUCGCUCGUCCCGCCGUUCAUCAACGCCGCUGCGCCCGCCGGCGCCGGCUUUGAGCUCGGCAAGUCGAUGGUGGUGCCGAGCGUCGACGCCCACACGCUCGCUGCCGGCCUCGCUUACCUCACUGACGUGGCGGCGCAGUCGACCGCAGUCCUCAUCGGGCGCGCCGACGACUGGAUGGGUGGAGCACUCGACGAGGCUCACGCCCAGGUCGGCAUCUACACCCUCUCCAACCGACUCCUCACCCUCUGCGCCGCCAACGGGCCGUCGCACGUCAAGCAUGCCACCUUUUGCGACAUGUACCUCGCCGAUGCCUCGCUCGAGACGCUCGCCACCGUCCUGGCUCGGGCCCGCGGCGCCGUCGACACCGAAAUCAAGGCUGUCGCUGGGCGAACGGCCAUGUACCUGGCAUACACUAUGGCUCUCGCUCUCGGCUUUUGGUUUGCGCUCCCACUUCCGUUUACGGCCUCGCUUCUUGUCCUCGCCGAGCUCGUCGUCCGUCUCCACACCAUUGUCUUCCCGCGGCUGGUCAAGAAGCCGUUUGUGGAGCCGGACGUCAUGCUCACUGACAAAACUCGCAGCGUGACGCCGUCGAUGGGCAAGCUCCUCCGGUUCGGCCGCCUCUUCUCCGGUCCUCUCGUCCUCUACGCCUCGCUCCUUGCGGGCUUGGUCGUCCUCGGCGCGCUGAGCAACUAUGCCGCCGUCAUGAACACCGUCACCUCGUCGCUGGCCGGUCAGGCCAACGCGUGGGAGAGCGGCGCGCCCAUCGCCGGCGCCGGGAACGUACUCUGCGAGGCCCGCUCGGCCUUUUACCUCGGCCUUGUUGUUGGCUUCUUUGCCCUCCUCACCACCACCCUCACCCGCUCGGCGUCGCUCAUCGAUCUUCCGCGGCGGACGCUCGCCAUCCACGCCAGCCUCAUUGUGGUUCAGAUGGUCCUGCUUGUCCUCUCGCUGGAGGUCAGCCCGUUCCAGGUCUUCUUCGGCACCUGCGCCGUCGCCUUCCGUGGCUGGCUCCCCUCACUCCUCUUUGCCGCUGUCAUCAUCGCCCUCGAUGAGCUCCGCAAGUACCUUUUGCGCUAUGUCGUAGUUGACCCCAACGAGUCGCCGCUCCGUCAUCUGUACUUUAACGUCCGCGACCCGCUCUCGCCCCCGUCGCCCAUACCCUCGCGCACCCUCCCCAAACGGGGCCGCCAGAAAGGUGACGACGCCGACCUCCUCCGCCGCUCGUCCAAGCGGCUCAAGACGCUCAGUGCUCGGGCAAGUCAUCGAGUGAUGGUUGAUGAGAAUGGAGAGGUUGGUGAGGCUGGCGAAGCGUUUGCGGCUGCUGGAUUUGUGCCGGUGGGCCGGCGGUCGGGUGAGGAGGCGAGCAAGGCGAGUAAUGAUGAUGAAGAUGGCGUUGGUGACGACGACCGCUGCAGCCGCCUCACUGGUGAUGCGAGGACAAAGGCCGGUGCGCUAGCACCGGCAGCGGCGUCUGCAGCGGCAACGGGGCUGGCGCAGCAGAGCGCAGGGCUGGCGGGCGUUUCGAAUCUUCUCUGCACCUCGCCGCAGCUGAAGCGGGCGAUGAGCAGCCUGCGAGUGGUGGAUGUGUUCCGGGCUGCCUCUGCGGCACUGUCUGUGGGCGCGUGCGAGGCUGCGGACGCCAGCAGCAGCGGGCCUGCCGGGCGCGAGGUCGAGGCCGAGGUUAUCUCGCGGUUCUGGCGGUCGCGGCUGGCAAAUCAGAGCUCCGGAUCGAUGUACGUGUCAGGCGCGCCUGGAACGGGCAAGUCGUUUACCUUUACCUCGCUGCCGGCACAGGUGCACGCGGCCAAGCAGACAGAUCCGAGCCUGCCUGCAGUGGUGACGGUCCACCUCAACUGCAUGUCGCAUAUCACGCCGUCGACGGCAUACACGACACUGCUUGCGCUCCUAGCCUCGCAGCUUGAGCGGAUGGGCGUGGUGCUGGAGGAGAUUGUGCCCGAGGCUGCUGACGUGCGGCUUCUGCGGUCGCUGUCUGCCGGCGACCACGCGCAGCGGGUGCUCUCCAAGCUCUUUUCUGUGACCAGCAUUCCACCGCUGCGGCGGUCUGCGCAGCGGCAGCGGGUGGCUGCUGCCGCCGUCGCCGCGCACUCGUCGUCGGCUGCGGUCUCCGAGUCGGUCUGCGAGGCCUCGUUCGCCAAGGGCGACUCGGCGCUCUCGUUCAUCAUUGUGCUCGAUGAGAUGGAUCAGCUUGGCUCGAACGGCAACGCCAUCCUAUACCAGAUGUUCGAAUGGGCCGGUGGCGCCGGCUCGCUGGUCCUCUUUGGCGUCGCCAACGCCCUCGACCUCACCGACCGCAUGCUCCCGCAGCUGCGGCGGCUCGGUAAGCCGCCGGCGACGCUCGAGUUCCGGCCGUAUACUGCUGGGCAGCUCGAGUCCAUCCUCGAGGCCCGCCUCGCCACCGUGGAGAGCAGCUCGGGCUCGCAGGGCAAGAUCUUUCAGGCCAAGGCGCUGCGGCUCCUCGCGCGGCGGGUCCAGAACCACACCGGUGACGUCCGCAUGGCGCUCAACCUCUGCCGCGGCGUCCUCGACGCCCUCAUUGCCUCGCGCUCCCCGGCACUCAACGAGCCGGCAGCAGCCUUCCGUGGCCUCUCCAUUGGCGCCAUGUCCAAGCACAUCCGCGCCACGCUCGGCUCCAAGCAGGGCUCUGCCAUCGCCAACCUCACUCUCCACCAAAAGGUGCUCCUGCUCGCCGGCGCCUGCCAUGUCGCCCGCUCCGGCAAGUCGUACCUCACCUACGUCCAGCUCGAGAACGCCUACCGCAGGCUCUGCACCGACAUCGCCCACUUUUCCGACUUUGCUACGGGCUCGGCCUUUUUCGAGCUCACCGACUCGCUGCAGACACUCUCGCUUGUCUCCAUCUCGUCAUCGUCCGGCAUCGCGCUCUCGCGUUCGGCAUCGACAGGCUCGUUUGGCACCCGCACCGCCUCGCGUCGCCUCAAUUACGUCAAGAUCAUCCCCUCGGCCGAGACCAUCACCACCGCUCUCGCUGCUCUCAACCACUCGCUCUUUGAUCGCAUGCUCAACGAACUCAAGGAGGCCGGUGCCCGCUGA